AUGAAGCUCUCAUUCACCACUCUUCUUGCCGCUAGCGCGCUGGCCGCUGCUGUUCCAGUUGCAGAGCCAGAGCCGCUUCUCGAUGCUCGUCAGGCUCAGAGCAUUGAUGCUGCCAUGAAGGCGAAGGGCAGGAAGUACUUCGGUACUGCCACUGACCCUGGCCGAUUCAACAGCGGACAGAACGCCGCCGUUAUCAAAGCCAACUUUGGUCAAAUCACACCAGAGAACAGUAUGAAGUGGGACGCCACCGAAAGUACCCGGGGCAAAUUCACUCUCGCCACCGCGGACCAAACUGCCAAAUUUGCCAAAGACAACGGCCAGCUCAUCCGUGGUCACACCACCGUCUGGCACUCCCAGCUUCCUGGCUGGGUUUCGCAAAUUCGUGACAAGGCCACCCUGACCACUGCAAUCCAGGAUCACGUCCAGGGUGUCAUGGGACACUUCAAGGGCCAGAUCUACGCCUGGGACGUAGUCAACGAAAUCUUCGCUGAAGAUGGCGGUUUCCGCUCCAGCGUGUUCUACAACGUCUUGGGAGAGGACUUUGUCCGUAUUGCCUUUGAGGCGGCAAAGAAGGCUGAUCCCGAUGCGAAGCGUUACAUCAAUGACUACAACCUCGACAGUGCCUCGUAUGGGAAGACGCAGGGUAUGAUCAAGAACGUCAAGAAGUGGAUCGCUGCCGGUGUACCCAUCGAUGGUAUUGGUUCGCAGACUCACUUGACUGCUGGUCAGGGUGCCAACUCCGUCGGCGCCAUGGCUGCCCUCUGCGCUGCUGCUCCUGAGUGCGCCAUGACCGAGGUCGACAUCCAGAACGCUUCAUCCUCUGACUGGGGCAACGUUGUCAAGGCUUGCUUGCAACAGAAGAACUGCGUUGGUAUCACAGCUUGGGGUGUUCGCGACCAGGACUCAUGGAGGCCUCAGGGCAACCCUCUCCUGUUCGACUCCAGCUUCAAGCCCAAGGCGGCUUACACCCAGGUCCUCAACGCCAUCAACGGCUCUUAAGCACCUCAUUCGACUCUUACUCUUCCAUGUAUAUAUUUUCAUUGGACCUCGUCCAGCAUAUUCUUAGAAGUCGCUAGCGACCAGCGCGCAUCCAAGUGAUACGCAUAUCACUCGAACCUGCUUUUUUCCGUG